AUUUCUACUAUCUAUCCCUAUCGGUCGCUUGAUACUCUAUACACGUCUCUGUGUUGAUUAUUAUUUUGCACUGCGUUACGACAAACGAAGAUCUCCGAGUUACUGUCUGAGAUCCAUCCAGCCGCAAUGCCUGGUUUACCGUCUAGUAUCGACCUGGACGAGUGCAUUGAGAGGCUCUAUAGAAAAGAAUUGCUGGCAGACUCCGUUAUCGAGGCAAUAUGCGCCAAAGCGAAAGAGCUUUUGAUGAAGGAGAGCAAUGUCGUUCACAUUGCUGCUCCGGUCACCGUGGUGGGAGAUAUCCAUGGCCAGUUCUUCGACAUGAUCGAGAUCUUUAAGAUCGGGGGUUUCUGUCCCAACACAAACUAUCUUUUUCUAGGUGAUUAUGUGGAUCGAGGUCUCUUCAGUGUGGAAACCAUCUCCCUCCUCGUCUGCUUAAAACUACGGUACCCUCAGCGCGUUCAUCUCAUCCGCGGCAAUCACGAGUCCCGCGGUGUGACGCAGUCCUACGGAUUCUAUACCGAAUGUGCUCGAAAGUACGGCAACGCCAAUGUUUGGCACUACUUCACCGACAUGUUCGACUUCCUUACUCUUAGCGUCGUGAUCAAUGAUCAGAUCUUCUGCGUACACGGCGGUCUCUCCCCUUCCAUCCACUCCAUUGACCAGAUUAAAAUCAUCGAUCGGUUUCGUGAGAUCCCCCACGAAGGCCCUAUGGCCGACUUGGUGUGGUCCGAUCCGGACACCGAACGCGACGAAUUCUCGCUUUCCCCGCGAGGCGCCGGGUACACUUUCGGCGCGCAGGUGGUUCGGAAAUUCCUCGAGGUCAAUAGUAUGUCUCAUAUUCUGCGAGCCCAUCAGCUGUGUCAGGAAGGGUACCAGGUUCUUUACGAUGACCGAUUGAGUACUGUGUGGAGUGCACCGAACUACUGUUAUCGGUGCGGCAAUCUUGCCAGUGUGCUCGAAGUGAGUGACACGGGCGAGCGGUACUUUAACAUCUUUGACGCGGCCCCGGAGAACGACAUCCAUCGCGGCGAACAACAGGCGCAGCAGAACAAGGAUGGACAGAGUCCUGUGAUUGACUAUUUUUUGUGAUACCCUGGGUUUUUAUCUCGUUUUCCUUUUUUAUGCAAUAUUUGGAGUUUGGUACAGGACAUAGCAUUUAUAGAUAGCAUUGAGGUGUGAAUAAAAAUGUGAAAGACGACAAGCAUCAACAGAGCGUUACGCAAAGCCUUGUGGAUAUCAACUUGGUUGUGCUAUUUAGAAUAACCUGGCCUUAGCGGAGACCAUAGAUUUUGAGAAGGAAAUUCGUUCAACAUGGGACUCUUGAAUCAAAAUGAAGAAGAAAAAAAUUGCUGCUCAUGAUAUAAUCAUAGUUUCGUACUGCAACUACCCGAAAAAGAAGAAAAAAUCUACCAAUCCUUAGCGAUGUCAAACGACCACUCGAACUGGAGGUGAGUG